UUGUGAAGAUUCGUUCGUGUAUUUCCGGUUAUGCAAAAACUCUUUGCCCCUCCCCCCAACAAACGGUAGCCAGACUGGCGCCGCUAGUUAGCCGCUGAGGACAACUUUAACUUAGUGUUUACGCUAGAAAAAAAUGCUCUCCUGGUCGCAUUUUCCUUAUUUGCCUCCAUUAUACUGUGCCUUUUGUGUUGACACUUCCCCUUCAAAUCGUGUGGUUUGAUGUUGGAGACCUUCCAGAAAUAUGGUUGAAUUGAUUUCUGUCAGCUCAGACAAAAUUUCUCCUACCUCCGUACUCAUGAUGAUGAUGAUGAGGAGGAUGAUAUGAAACAGUAAACAAAGAAAAUAUUCUCCAGAGCGUCGACAGAGAAGCCUAAUCAAGAUGUCCAUCACCAACACACCAACCAGCAAUGAUGCAUGUCUGAGCAUUGUGCACAGCCUCAUGUGCCACAGACAGGGGGGUGAGAGUGAGACGUUCGCCAAACGAGCUAUUGAAAGUCUGGUGAAGAAGCUGAAGGAGAAGAAGGAUGAGCUGGAUUCCCUCAUCACUGCCAUCACCACCAAUGGAGCCCACCCCAGCAAGUGUGUGACCAUUCAGAGGACUCUUGAUGGACGUCUGCAGGUGGCGGGACGCAAGGGUUUCCCUCAUGUCAUCUAUGCCCGUCUGUGGAGAUGGCCUGAUCUCCACAAGAAUGAGCUGAAGCAUGUCAAAUACUGCCAGUUUGCCUUUGAUUUGAAGUGUGACAGCGUAUGUGUCAACCCUUAUCACUAUGAGAGGGUGGUGUCUCCUGGCAUAGAUUUAUCAGGACUCACUCUGACCAGCUCCGGUCCCAGCUCUGCACUGAUUGUAAAGGAUGAGUACGAUUUUGAUGGACCGCAGAGUAUACCCUCCGUUGAGGGGGGGCACUCCCUACAGACCAUCCAGCACCCUCCAUCCAAUCCCCACCAGACCCCCUCAGAAUCAUUUGCUCCCCCAAGCCUGCUCUCACCUGUGGAGGCCUCCACCUCAGCUUCAGCUUCAUCCUUCCCUUCUAUAGCUGCAGGAUCCGGCAAUGCCGGCUCCAACUGGUCAAGGAGCAGUAGUUUCGCCCCCAGCAUACCUCACCACACCAAUGGCCACUUACAGCACCAUCCACCUAUGCCGCAUCCGACACAUUACUGGCCAGUGCACAAUGAGCUCGCCUUUCAGCCUCCGAUAUCCAAUCAUCCAGCUCCUGACUACUGGUGCUCCAUUGCUUAUUUUGAGAUGGACGUUCAGGUCGGGGAGACGUUUAAAGUGCCCUCCACCUGUCCCAUUGUGACAGUAGACGGCUAUGUGGACCCGUCAGGGGGGGACAGAUUCUGUUUGGGUCAACUCAGUAAUGUCCAUCGCACUGAAGCUAUUGAGAGAGCCAGGCUUCACAUUGGUAAAGGUGUCCAGCUGGAGUGUAAAGGCGAGGGGGAUGUGUGGGUGCGAUGCCUCAGCGACCACGCCGUGUUUGUUCAGAGCUAUUAUCUGGACAGGGAGGCGGGCCGAGCCCCAGGAGACGCUGUGCACAAAAUCUAUCCGAGCGCUUAUAUCAAGGUGUUUGACCUUCGCCAGUGUCACCGACAGAUGCAGCAGCAGGCGGCCACAGCUCAGGCAGCCGCUGCAGCACAGGCAGCAGCUGUUGCUGGUAACAUACCUGGACCUGGGUCAGUCGGAGGCAUAGCUCCAGCCAUCAGUCUGUCAGCUGCAGCUGGAAUCGGUGUGGAUGAUCUCCGGAGGCUGUGUAUCCUCAGGAUGAGUUUUGUUAAAGGCUGGGGGCCCGACUACCCCCGCCAGAGCAUCAAGGAGACCCCUUGUUGGAUCGAAAUCCAUCUGCACAGAGCUCUCCAGUUACUAGACGAGGUUCUUCACACCAUGCCAAUAGCAGACCCCCAGCCUCUGGACUGAGGCUUCGGCUGCUUCAACCAUUAAAACCUUGUGCACUUCGGCUUAUUCUUUUCUUUAUGUCAUGAACCAAGGCCACAUGAAAUACAGUAUGUAUAUCUUUUCCUUUGUAAUUUUAAACUAUGACUGGAUUUAGAGUUUAACAAUGCUUUCCAGAGGACUAGAAUCCUAAAACUGUGCACAGAGAAACUCACCAAAAUGAAUGAAAACAGCAUAUCCAUCUGCUGAUUCGGUAUCCUCUAAAGGGGUAGCUGAGGAAAACGGGUUCAUUAUUAUGCCAGUUGCUUUACAACUGGAAUUAUGGUGGGAAAUCAGGAUCAGCAUAAAAUAAAUCAAAAACCACAUUGGAAAUUUGAAAAAAGUUUUAAAUUCAGAAGUACAAAUUAUAAUUGAAUGGGAAUUGUUUUGUUUUUUUAAACAGCUGUUUCAACUUUAGUUUUUUUCACUUUCUGUCCUCAGUUUAUAUACAGACUUUUGAUUUCAGUGUGUAGCCCAUUGACUGUAUGAUACAUACCUGGACCAAUCGUGUGUGACAUCACCCAUAGAAAAUACCGACUUCUGGUUCCGUCCAAUUGAAGUAAAUUCAGUCUCCAUUUUUCCCUGAUCUAUCACAUGACAUGUUGGAACCAAACGUUCUGAGGAAGCCGUGAUUAGUCCAUCUAUAUUUCUAUGGCAACCACUCUCCAAUAAGGAUUGAGGAUGAUAGAAGGCCACAUCCCUUCCAUUUAAAGUGAGCAUGGGAGAAUCUGCCAAACGCUUUGAAUGUUCCACUUGAGGCCACCUGCUUUUAUUGAGGCCUCUGAUUGGUCAGUUUAUAACUUGAAUUAAGGAAAAAAUAUUAAUAAAAGACAAGGAUGAGCAAAACAGGAUCGUCAGGGGUGGGGUUGCUCACUCCAGUUCUCAUUUACCUUCUUAUUCUAUGUGGGGGUGGGGCUUUGAUCCCAUUGGCUACUGUGAUGUGAUUGAUGUUGGAUAACAGAGGUUAUGGCGGCGUCACCCCAGCUCCAAAACUGCAUCUGCUGUUGGCACCACCUGUGUCAUCAUCCUCUUAAGUGGCGUCCAGUAGUGAAGCACCAAACUUUGGGUGCACUUUAUCACUACUGUACGCCACAUCAGAGGUGGGAUGACGCCAAAUGAUCCUGAUUUGACCCCAAAUAACUGUCUGCCAGAAAAGGAAAGCCAAAGUGAGCCUAAAAAAUGCCGCUCGGCACUACAACUAUUAAAAGAUGAACCCCAAAUAACUAUGUAGAGCCUCUGAGUCCAGGUUUAGUACCUGCAAGAAAAAGGGUGCAUUUUUAUUUCUUGAUUUUGUUGUGAAUAGUUUCCCUUUCUGUCAGUUAAAUAGCGUUGAACUGAACCGAUUGAGGGCCUCUGACAGUAAAUGAAGUGCACUACUUAUCACAGCUGCCCCAUAAAUACUGUGCGAUACAGCAGAUCGCUUUAACUGACUUCACUGUGAUUGUAACAUUUCCUCACUCAAAAAGAAAGUUGUUUUUUUAAUCCUCUGGAAAAUGUUUGAGUCACUGUAAUUUUUUGUAGUUUAGCACAAACAAGGCCAAAGAUGAAAAAUGAAGAGAUGAGGGAAAGAUUUACCUGGUGUGUUUGCAAAUUGUAAAGUAGUUUACAGGUUUCUCCUAAUAUGCAAACAUUUCCAUCAUCAAAUGUUACAGGCAAUAACUUUAUUUCCUUUGAGCAUCUGAUAGUCUGAGCUAACUGGAACUAAAUGAUUUUAUGAAAUGCUGUUAACAUAGAACUACUAAACAGGAGUCACGUAGUUUACCAGCAAUAUUUGACACCUAACCCUCUUAUCUGUACUCCUUUUUUUUUGCUUUAUUUGUAGCACUUUACCUAUCCGUUCUGAUUGGAGUCUUUAACUAUGACUACAAGUUUUCCUGGGAAAUGAACGCAGGUGUGAGUAGCUUAGUUUAAAAGUAGGAUUUUUAAAGUUAAGAAAUGUUUAGCUGGUGCAAAGUCCUGUUUUCUAAUACUAAAAAAUAAUUUUCAUCUUGAUUUAACAGGAUCACUUUAGUCAUAUAUACUUAUUUUUGGAUUUAUUUUUGCUAAUCUGUCAUUUUUCAUUUAAAAGCAUGUAAAUAUGUUUUGUCAAUUAAAAGCAUGUCAGUGUUUGCUUUUUUUUUAACCUCAAAACCCUUGUUUUAUUUUUUUAAUUAAAAAAAGACUUUACCAGCACUACAUUAUAUAGUAGAAUUUUAAGAGUUAAGGCACAUAGAUGGCACAUAUUACACAAAAAAUGAUCCUUCAAAAAUGUCAACUCUUCUAACCGAUUGGCUUUCUUUUGCAGUAAUGUCCAAUCCUGUUUGCGGUUUGUCCAAACGGCAUUUUUGAUUUUUUAAAUUAAGUUUUACGGUUGAAAUCACACAAACAUCCAGUUUUGUUUUUUUUUUAGAAAUGUGUUUGUGUUAUACCAGAUGUGAAUUUGAUGUCCAACAGUCAUGGCUUUAUUGUUGUAAAGCAAGUAAAGUAUCGGUUACAUUUGUUUAGUAGGUUCUAAAGCAGAAAGUUGUUGAUUUUUUUUUUCUUGAUCAUGGAAGCUGUUGAUGAUAAAAUUGGGUCUCACCUUAAACAAAACAAAAAAAAGGUUGUACGUUUAAUGUUGUUUUAAGCUGAUGUUUUUGUACUGCAGUUAUUGUAGGAGCCAAAAGACAACUCAGUGGAGUUAAUAUUGACUACUAUGACAGAUCACACAUGGUGAAGUUUUGCUGUAUUUCCUAUGUUAGAGUCUAUCAUUAAAAUGGCCUAAUCUUGUCAUGA